GAAGAAGAAGACGUUUCUCGCGAGAACUCCAGAUUGCGUCCUUGCUAAAACCGAAAUGGGGUACUGGGACAUACCAGAGGGCACUGCCUGCGUCCAGAAAACAUGGAUCAGUACAAAGCUAGGCACAGCUUUGGGCAUGGUUGGUUCCGCCUACCACCUUGUGGCAGUCCAGCCUGAAUCUGCAAUGGCAGGGCUACAGAGGGCCACCAACAUAACUGUAACCAUGGCCACCAUGGGGGCGGUCUUCGGCAUGGCGACUUGCCUCAGUGCUCAGGCUCGUGACGCUCCAGAUGACCCUUUCAACUACUUCAUCGGGGGGUGUGCCUCUGGGAUCUUCAUUGGAGCCAGAACCCACAGUGCUGCGACCGGGACGUCAGCCUGUCUGGGUCUCGGUGUGUUGGCCUUCUACACAAAAGUGGGCAAGAUGGAGGGAUGGAAGCUGACAGGAGCUCCCGUACGAUGAGCGGAAGAUGCUACGUUUAACCCUGUUGUAAAAAGAGUUUAUGUAAUAAAGUACUUGUGAAUUUA